AUGUGUUGUCCCUACCCUGCUCCCAAGGUGGUGCCGUUCGCGGCUAUCGACCAGCGUGACUUCUACACCAUGUCAGUUCGUGGCAUCACGCACUACCUUGACGGGACUUCCUCCGACUUCGCAACCCUGGAGCAAUGGGAGCGCGAACUGCACCUUUUCUCGCGGCUGAAGCACCUGAAGAUCUUCCGGUUGUACAAGCUAUGGCGGGCCUUCCGGCUGUGGAAGCGAGCGGUCAACCAGCACAAAUUUCAUAAAGCACGUGCAGCCCUGGAGCGUAACCUAUUCCAGCUGUCUCCCGUAUUCCAGGGGCCGCUGCGCCGCUUCCACGGGCUGUGUUUCGAGCUCAGCCACAUGCGAAUGCACAACGUGGAACCCGUGAAGGUCUACACGCUGGACGAGUUUGUAGGGGCGCAAAGUGACCACAAGGCAGCAGUGGAGGUCCGCCUUGGGCAAUUCCACGAAGACACCUUCCAGACCGUUCUGCAGGCGUGCAGCUUGGCGCUACUUCCAUCGUCUUUCUUACACGAUGAAAACGAGUCGCAGCGCGCUGGAGAAUUGGCAAAAUCGCAGCAUAGCAACUUCUUGGCGCGCGCCGAGGCGGAGAAGGACCGCGAGCAGGGCCAAUCCGACUUUGCCUACACCAUUGCCGCGGCGCGCCGCUCCGAACAGCGCCGCUUGCUCAACUUCAUUCGUCUAGCCGACUAUAUGGUCUGCGACACGCUGCACAGCGUGUUGCUAGAGUCCCUACGGGAGUUGCUGGAUAGCACGCGCCCUAAACGACCCGUCAUGGUGCUGUUCCAGGACAUGGACGCGGCGGCAGCGGACGCAGCGGAGGCAGCCGUGGCCGCAGCCGACGCGGAACGCAAGACAGCACCCGCCGCAACUGAUGCGCUGUUCCAGCUGGAGCUGCUGUUGGCGGAAAAUCAGGAGGACUUGCUGUAUGACCCCCACCCAGAGGAGUUUUUCGAGGAGAUGCAGCGCAUCAUGGCAAACUAUCUGGAGAGUUUGUGCGGCAUCACGCGGCUGUACGGCGACGGCACGCUCAUGUCGGUGGUCAUGGGCGACAAGGCGGGCGAGGUGGAACCGGGCACGGAGCUGCAGGAGCUCAUCACCAACGAAAACUACGACGACAUGGUGGUAUCAGUCCGCGACAGCGUGGUGGAAGCGUUCCAGCAUGCCGAGGACCACAAGCAGUGCUACCUGCCCUACCGCGACAUGGCUGUCGACGGCGAGGCGUCGUCCUCGCCAUCGCCACAGCAGCAGCGCGUCACGCUGGCGACCUUCCGGCAGCUGAUGGACCUGCUGGCGGAGCAGAAGGCGCAGAUGGAGGCGCUUCUGCCGCACCGCGAUGUGUCCAUCGUGCGUAUUGCAGUGGGACACUUCAAGGAUGCGGUCAUCCCCAGCCCCACGCGCUGCCUGGAGGAGAUGCACGCAAUGCUCCCGGCACUGGCGGCGGAUCUGUUCCACGACUUCAUGAGCACGGUGCAGAACGCGCUCAGCAGGUUGCAGGCCCCCAGCAGCGCUGUGGAGGAAUAUGUGGAAAAGCUGCAGUUCCUUGGGGAGGUCCGGGAGUCGGAGAAGCGGCUCGACUUUGCGUGCAACGAGAUCCAUGACCUGUAUGGCCUCAUUGACGAGUACAACAUCCCGGUGUCGCCCAUGGACCGCGCCGCAUAUGCCACCAUGGACAGCACCUACAACACGCUCAAGACGACGAUGGAGGAGGUGGAGGGCGCGCGGGACGACCACGUGUCCAAGUACAGCGCCAACCUGGAGCAGGGCAUCGAGGCCAUCAGCAAGGAGGUCACAGAGAUCCGCAACGAGGCGCAGCACGAGAUGGUACUCAGCGAGGAAAGCGAGCACGACAAGGUGGUGGCGUAUCUGAACCAGCUCAAGGAAGCAGUGGACAGGCUCAUGGCCGAGUCGGCGCGUAUCAACAAGUACCAGCGGCUGUUCAAGGUUCCGGAGGCAAAGUCAGAGGACCUCACGGACACCGCCGACGAGGUCAACCUCAAGCUCAACCUUUGGCUGGGCCGCUCCGAGUGGGAGUCCAUCACCGACAUCUGGUGCGCUACGCAUUUCGAGUCGCUGGACAUGCAGGUGCUCGAGGAGACCACCAACAAGUUCCACAAGAUGGUGUACAAGAUGGAGCGUGGGCUGCCACCCAACAAGCUGGUGCCCAAGUUCCGCGCCGCCGUGGACGACUUCCGGAACUUGCUGCCCGUCGUCUCCGCACUGCGCAACCGCGCCCUCAAGGAGCGCCAUUGGAACAAGAUCUUCGAAACCAUCGGACAGCAGAUUGUGCGCGACAACAGCUUCACGCUACAGGUUCUGCUCGAUGCAAAGGUGCAGGUAUGGAAGGACUCCAUCUCCACCAUCUCCACGGAGGCCACGCAGGAGAUGGCCUUGGAGGAGCUGCUGGCAAAGAUUGCCUUGGAAGACAGUAUGGUGACCAUGUCCACCAUCCUGGCCAGCCGCUUCGUGACCGGCAUUCGGCCGGAGGUGGAGAAGGUGGAACGCCAGCUGACGCUCUUUGCAGACACGCUGGACGAGUGGAUCUCGGUGCAGAAGGCGUGGAUGUACCUCGAGCCCAUUUUCUCCGCUAUCGACAUCCAGCGCCAGCUACCAGUGGAGGCAAAGGCGUUUUUCGCGGUGGACAAGCAGCUGCGGGAGAUCAUGCGGCGGACCAAGGACAGGCCAAAUGCGCUCAUGGCGGGCACGCACCCCGGCGUGCUGGAGACGUUCCAGAAGGCCAACGAGACGCUGGAGAAAAUUCAAAAGAACCUGGAGGACUACCUGGAGACCAAGCGCAUGGCUUUCCCGCGCUUCUACUUCCUGUCCAACGACGAGCUGCUGGAGAUCCUGGCGCAGACCAAGAACGUGCAGGCUGUGCAGCCGCACAUGGGCAAGUGCUUCGACGGCAUCCGUCGGCUGGACUUUGGCGACGACCCCAAAUCUAUCGACAUCCAUGCCAUGAUCUCAGGCGAGGGCGAGCGCGUCAGCCUGGGAAAGAACACAAAGGCGCGUGGCAAUGUGGAGAAGUGGCUGGGCGACGUGGAGAGCGCCAUGAUUGCCAACCUGAAGAAGCUGGCCAAGGCCGGUUGGGUGGCUUACCCGGAAGAGGCGCGUUCCGCAUGGGUGCUCAAGCAGCCGGCGCAGCUUGUCAUUGCUAUCAGCCAGGUGUUUUGGUGCCAUGGUGUGGAGGAGGCGCUGCGCAGCGUGGACCCCGUCGGCGCGAUGGGGGAUUACAGAGCGGUCAACGUGCGGCAGCUGGCCGACCUGACCAAGCUGGUACGCGGCGAGCUGUCAUCACUGCACCGUCGCAUCAUUGCCGCGCUCAUCACCAUCGACGUUCACGCGCGCGACAUCGUGGACGCGCUACAUUCAGGCCGUGUGACAGACAUCAACAGCUUCCAGUGGCAAAUGCAGCUGCGAUACUAUUUUGAGAACGAAGACAUAAUUGUGCGCCAGGUCAAUGCGCGCUUCGUGUACGCAUACGAGUACCUGGGCGCGCAGCCGCGCCUGGUGGUGACGCCCAUGACGGAUCGCUGCUACCUGACGCUCACAGGCGCACUGCACCUCAAGCUGGGCGGCGCGCCUGCGGGACCCGCAGGCACGGGCAAGACGGAGACUACUAAGGAUUUGGGCAAGGCGUUGGGCGUCAAUUGCGUGGUGUUCAACUGCGGAGACAACCUCGACUACAAGUUCAUGGGCAAGUUCUUCAGUGGCCUGGCGCAAUGUGGCGCGUGGGCGUGCUUCGACGAGUUCAACCGCAUCGACAUCGAAGUGCUAUCCGUGGUGGCGCAGCAGCUGCUGACGAUCCAAAACGCACUCAAGGCCAGCAUGAGCACCUUUAACUUCGAGGGCCGCGUCAUCAAGCUGGUGCCCACCUGCGGCGUCUUCAUCACCAUGAACCCCGGUUACGCAGGCCGCACCGAGCUGCCUGACAACCUCAAGGCGCUUUUCCGGCCCAUGGCGAUGAUGAUCCCGGACUAUGCGCUGGUGGCUGAGGUGAUGUUGUUCAGCGAGGGCUUCGAGGACUCUAAGACCCUCUCCCGCAAGAUGGUUAAGCUGUACAAGCUGUCCUCUGAGCAGCUCAGCCAGCAGGACCACUAUGAUUUUGGCAUGCGUGCUGUGAAGUCGGUGCUGGUGAUGGCGGGCAGCCUCAAGCGCGCCAAUCCUGACUUGUCUGAGGACGUCGUGCUCAUCCGUGCGAUGCGUGACUCAAACCUCCCCAAGUUCCUGGUGGAUGAUGUGGAGCUGUUCCAGAAUAUUAUCUCUGACUUGUUCCCGGGCCUCACAGUGCCAGACCAGGACUUCGGCGAGCUGGAGCAGAGCAUUCGUGCCGUGCUGUCGUCGCGUGGCCUGCAACAGCCCCAGUCGUUUGUGACCAAGGUCAUCCAGCUGUACGACACCAUGAACGUGCGCUUCGGCGUCAUGCUGGUGGGACCCACUGGUGGUGGAAAGACAGAGUGCUACCGCACCUUGCAGGGCGCCACCACGCGUCUGCGCACCGAGCUCAAGCAUCCGUCGGAUAAGUACCAGGUGACGCACACGUAUACGUUCAACCCUAAGUGCAUCAAGAUGGGCGAGCUGUACGGCGAGUACAACCUGUUGACCAACGAAUGGUCUGACGGAUUGGGCUCCACGCUCAUCCGCUCUGCCGUUAACGAUACCACGCCUGACCGCAAGUGGGUCGUGUUCGAUGGCCCCGUGGACGCCAUUUGGAUCGAGAACAUGAACACGGUCCUAGACGACAACUGCACGCUGUGCCUCCCCAACGGCGAGCGCAUCAAGCUCAAUCCCGUCACCAUGCGGAUGCUGUUCGAGGUGCAGGACCUGGCAGUGGCGUCGCCUGCUACCGUAUCCCGCUGCGGCAUGGUGUACAUAGCGCUGGAAGAGCUUGGCUGGCGUCCCGCCGUCCAGACGUGGGCGCGACAGAAGCUGCCAGCGGCCAUACCGCAGGCCAUCUACACCAUGUUCGACCAGUAUGUGGAUGCGGGGCUAGCGUUCGUGCGCAAGCAGGGCAAGGAGUACAUCGCCACGCCUGCCCGUGAAUGCCUGCCCAUCCAACGUCUGCUCCUCUCGGCCUGCGUGCAGAGCCUGGUUUCGCCAUCGCGUGGCUUCCAAUGGGGCGCCAAGCCCGAGGAGAUCACCAUGGCGCUCAGCAAGCUGUUUGGCUUUUGCUAUGUCUGGGCGCUGGGUGGUAACCUGAUGCACACCGUCAAGGAGGAGUUCGACGAGUUCGUGCGUGAGCAUCUGCAAAUGGUGUGCGCCUUUCCCGGCUCGGCCACUGUGUUCGAUUUCUACUUGGACUGCAACAAGCGCUUCCCGCCCGAGUUCAAGAAUUGGACGGACAUUGUGCCCAGCUUCACGUACAAGCGCGAGCUGCCGUACUUCCAAAUGAUGGUGCCCACCGUGGACACGGUGCGCUUCUCCUACCUGCUGGACGCCUGCCUGGACGUUCAACGGUCUGUGCUGUUCACAGGUGUCACGGGUGUGGGCAAGAGCGUCAUCACAGUUGCGGCCCUGGAGGACAUCCGCGAGCGCAAGAAUGUAGUGCCGUUCACGAUCAACUUCUCUGCGCAAACACAGGCGAUUGACACGCAGCUACUGAUUGAGAGCAAGUUAGAGAAAAAGCGCAAAACGCGGUACGGCGCACCCGUUAACAAGCGGAUCGUCUUCUUCGUGGAUGAUGUCAACAUGCCUGCGCGGGAGAAAUACGGCGCGCAGCCGCCCAUUGAGCUCCUGCGGCAGUUCCAGGACUUCAAGGGCUUUUACGACCGCAAGAAGCUGUUCUGGAAAGACGUGGAGGACACAACGCUGUGCGCUGCGUGUGCGCCACCGGGCGGUGGCCGACAGGAGAUUACACCGCGCUUCGUGCGGCAUUUCACUAUGUUGUGCGUGCCGCCUCCCUCGGACGCUGCUACCAAGACCAUCCUAUCGGCCAUUUUCAACGGCUUCCUGUCGGAUUUCCCACGCGAUAUGGCCAGCGUGGCUGUGCCUAUUGUGUUCCAGGGUCUGCUCAUGAUCACGCCCGGCAAUUGCAAGGACCGCGACACCAUGAUGCGCUUGUGGUUGCACGAGUCCUGCCGCGUGUUCCAUGACCGCCUGAUCAACAACGAGGACAAGGAGUACUUCAAGCGGAUGCUUGUCGAGUUGGCCACCAAGCACGGCCUAGGGUCAGCUGGUUACGACGAGCUGUUCGGUCCGGGCCGCUACAUCAUGUUCGGCGACUGGAUAAAGAUUGGCCUGGACCGCGACGAGCGGCGGUACGAAGAGAUUGGCACCGAUGUGUCUCGUGUUGUGGCUGUGCUGGAGGAAUACUUGGAUGAGUACAACCUAUCCAAUACCAAUUCACUCAAUUUGGUGUUCUUUAUGGAUGCGGUGGAGCAUAUCACCCGCAUCGCGCGCAUUCUACGCCAGCCUCGCGGCAACGCUAUGCUGGUGGGUGUGGGUGGCUCCGGCAAGAGCUCCCUCACUCGCUUCGCCACCUUCAUGGGCGGCUUCAAGAGCUUCUCCAUCGAGCUCACACGCGGCUACGGAGCCAACGAAUUCCGCGAGGACCUCAAGAAGCUUUACCGCACCGCAGGCAUCGAUGGCGAACCGGUGGUGUUCCUGUUCAGCGAUACCCAGAUCGUGCAGGAGGGCUUCCUGGAGGACAUCAACAACAUGCUCAACAGCGGCGAGGUGCCGGGCAUGUUUGCGCAGGAUGAGAAGGACCGCAUUGUAAACGACAUCCGUGAGUGGGUACUGGCUACGGGCGGCAACCCCAGCAAGGACGGCUGCUACACUGCCUUCAUCAACCGCGUGCGGGACAACCUGCAUCUGGUGCUGGCCAUGAGCCCCGUGGGCGAGGCCUUCCGCUCACGCUGCCGCCAGUUCCCCUCGCUUAUCAACUGUACCACUAUCGACUGGUUCAGCGCCUGGCCGGAGGAAGCGCUGCUGAGCGUGAGUAAAAAGUUCCUGGCGAACACCGACCUGGGCGGCGAUGCUGUGCGGGACGCGCUGGCGGCUAUGUGUGUGACGAUCCAUACGAGCGUGUCCACCGCCUCAGAUCGCUUCUAUGCCGAGCUCCGCCGCCGCUACUACACCACCCCCAAGUCUUACCUGGACCUCAUCAACCUCUACCUCCAGCUCCUGAGCGACAAGCGCGACGAGCUGUCCACCGCCAAGGACCGGUUGCUCAACGGCCUGGGCAAGCUGAGCGACACCAACUCCCUGGUGGAUCGGAUGAAAGCCGAGCUGGCGGGGCUGCAGCCCAUCCUGGAGGCCAAGUCCAGAGCCACAGCUGACCUGCUGGUCAAGGUGGCGGCGGACCAGGAGCAGGCGGAAAAGGUAAAAAAAGUGGUGGCGGCGGAGGAGCGGGAUGUAAAGGCUAUGCAGGUGGAGACGCAGGCCAUGGCGGACAGCGCAAAGGCGGACCUGGACGAGGCCAUGCCCGCACUUAACGCCGCUCUAGCAGCACUCAAGGCUCUGGACAAGAAUGAUAUUGUGGAAAUCAAGUCCUUCCCUAAGCCACCUCAGGCGGUGCAGAUGACGAUGGAGGCUGUGUGCAUCCUCAAGGGUGAAAAACCCGACUGGGACACCGCCAAGCGUCUGCUGGGUGAUGGUGGAUUCAUGCGUUCGUUGGAGGAGUUCGAUAAGGACAACAUCUCGGACGCAACCAUUAAAAAGUUGCAAAAGUACCUUGAGAACCCCGACUACACUCCCGACCUGGUGGCCAAGGUGUCCAAGGCCGCCCGCUCGUUGUGCAUGUGGACACACGCCAUGAACACAUACAACCGGGUGGCCAAGGUGGUGGGACCAAAGAAGAUAGCGCUGAGACAGGCGGAGUCCCAGCUAGCUGAGGCUAACGCCAAGCUGGCCGACAAGCAGGCGGCGCUCCGGGAGGUGGAGGAGCGUGUGGAGAACCUGCGGCGGCAGCUGGCGGAUGCGCAGCGGGAGCAGCGGGAGCUCAACGACCAAGCGGACCUGACCCGCAAGCGCUUGGAGCGUGCCGGCAAGCUGACCAGUGGUCUGGCGGACGAGGGGGUGCGCUGGCAGGCCACUGCGGAGACCAUCGGGGAGCAGCUGAUCAAACUGGUCGGCGACGUAUUCCUAUCGGCCGCCUGCAUCGCCUACUACGGCGCCUUCACGGGCGCCUACCGGCAAAUGCUGGUCUCCUCCUGGAUCGCCGAGUGCAAGAGCCGCGGGAUCCCGGUUUCCGAGGCCGCCUCGCUGAGAUCCACUCUGGGCAACCCGGUGGAAAUCCGCGAGUGGAACAUCUGGGGGCUGCCCACGGACGACGUCUCGGUGGAUAACGGCAUCCUGGUCACCAGGGGGAAGCGCUGGCCGCUCAUGAUCGACCCGCAGGGUCAGGCCAAUGGCUGGAUCAAGGCCAUGGAAUCACGUAACGGGUUGCGCUGCAUCAAGCUCACGGAUGGCAACUUCUUGCGGACGCUGGAGAACUCGAUCCGCAUCGGCAACCCGGUGCUGAUUGAGGACGUGGGUGAGGCGCUGGACCCUGCACUGGAGCCCGUGUUGCAAAAGGCCAUCUUCAAGCAGGGUGGUCGCACCCUGAUCCGACUAGGCGACAGCGACGUUGACUACGACCCCAACUUCCGCUUCUUCAUCACCACAAAACUGGCCAACCCCCAUUACCUGCCUGAGGUGUGCAUCAAGGUCACCAUCAUCAAUUUUACGGUCACGAUGAAGGGUCUCGAGGACCAGCUUCUUGGCGAGGUGGUUCGCAAGGAGCGGCCCGACUUGGAGGAGGCCAAGGACCGGCUGGUGCUGUCCAUCUCUGCCGACAAGAAGCAGCUGGGUGAGCUGGAGGACAAGAUCCUGAAGCUGCUCAAAGAGAGCUCUGGAAAUAUUCUGGACGAUGAGCAGCUCAUCAACACACUCAACCACUCCAAGACCACCAGCAGCGUCAUCUCGAACCGCGUGCAAGAGGCCGAAGUGACGGAGCGCUCCAUCAAUGAGGCGCGCGAACACUACCGCCCCGCUGCGACCCGUGGAUCCAUCCUCUACUUUGUAAUCGCCGACCUAUCGCUCAUCAGCCCCAUGUACCAGUUCAGCUUGUCGUACUUUGCCAAGAUGUUCUCGUACUGCAUUGACAAGUCGGAGAAGGCGGACGACGUGCCAACGCGGCUGCAGCUGCUGAGCGACUUUGUGACUCGCUUUAUCUACAACAAUGUGUCGCGUGGGUUGUUCGAGGAGCACAAGCUCUUGUACAGUUUCCUGCUGUGCACCUCGGUCCUCCGCCAUGUCUCCGCUGGCCCUGAGAUCACUGCCGCCGAAUGGAACUUCUUCGUGCGCGGUGCCGGCGGUGCACCGCCCCCCAAUCGGCCCAAUCCCCAUCCCGACUGGAUCACCCACGCCGCCUGGACCGCACUCAUGCACCUGGAACACACCGUUCCCGACGUAUUUUCUGGCCUGGCUGAGUCCUUCGCUACAGAGGGUAUGGAGUGGCAGGCAUUGUUUGAGGCUGACGAGCCGCACCUGCUGCCGCUGCCUGGCGACUGGGAGACGCGCCUCACCUCGCAGCGCCCCUUCGCUAAGCUGCUGGUUAUUAAAGUGCUCCGAGAGGAGAAGCUCAUCUUUGCUUGCGCGCAGUACGUGGCCGGCAAGUUGGGCACCGAAUUUACGGAGCCGCCGCCAUGGUCGCUGGACGACGUGUUUCCGGACACCUCCUGCCGCACGCCUAUCAUCUUCAUCCUGUCUACGGGCGCCGACCCGACCGCGAUGUUGCAGCGUUUCGCGGAGAAGAACGGUUACGUGACGGGCGAGCGGCUGCACAUGAUCUCACUGGGUCAGGGCCAGGGCCCCAUUGCGGAGAUGCUCAUCAACCAGGCCAUUAAGACCGGUGACUGGGUGUGUUUGCAGAACUGCCAUCUGGCGUCCUCCUGGAUGUUGCGACUGGAGGAGAAAGUGGAGGAGCUGUCUAAGGAAUCCACGCAGGUCCAUCCCGAGUUCCGGCUAUGGCUGACCUCCAUGCCCAGCAAGGUCUUCCCCGUGCUGGUGCUCCAAAACGGCAUCAAGCUGACCAAUGAGCCGCCCAAGGGCGUCAAGGCCAACAUCAACCGCACCUACAACGACCUUACCCCCGAGGCGCUCAACGCCUGCCCUGCCAAGCCCGUGCCCUUCAAGAAGUUGCUCUUCGCUCUCAGCUUCUUCCAUGCCGUCGUGCAGGAGCGGCGCAAGUUCGGGCCGCUGGGCUGGAACAUCCGCUACGAGUUCAACACCUCGGAUCUGGAAUGCUCCGCCAUGACAUUGCGGAUGUUCCUGUCAGAACAGGAGCAGAUUCCCUGGCCGGCCAUCGAAUACGUUGUGGGACAAAUCAACUACGGAGGUCGUGUCACUGACGAUUUGGACCGGCGCCUCUACUACAGCCCAAAUGCGGAGGGCAGCCUGGAGGACUACCGCGACUAUAUUCGCGGCCUGCCCGCCACUGAGGCACCCGAAGUGUUCGGCAUGCACACCAACGCCAAUAUCUCUUUCCAGCUGCAGGAGACCCGCAAGCUGGUGGAGGCAGUGCUGUCCAUCCAGCCACGUCUCAGCUCCGGGUCCGCGGGCAAGUCCCCCGACGAGACCGUUUCGGAGCUGGCUGCGGAGUUGCAAGGAGGGCUACCGCCGCUGCUGAGCCGCGACGAGGCGGCGGCGGGUCUGUUUGACCGCACCGAGACCGGGCAGCUCAAUAGCCUGAGCGUGGUGUUGGGUCAGGAGAUGGACCGCUUUAACCGGUUGUCUGCGGCGGUGGCAUCUAGCCUGGCGGAGCUGCAAAAGGCGAUUAAGGGCCUGGUGGUGAUGAGCGGGGAGCUGGAGGGGGUGUACAACAGCAUGCUCAACAACCAGGUGCCAGAGGCCUGGUCUCGAUACGCCUAUCCCAGCCUCAAGCCCCUGGCCAGCUGGGUUGCGGACUACCACCAGCGCAUCGGCUUCAUGCGGUCCUGGCUGGCUGGCGGCACUCCCAAAUGCUUCUGGCUGCCUGGCUUCUUCUUCCCGCAGGGCUUCAUGACGGGUGUGCUCCAGAUGCACGCGCGCAAGUAUUCGAUCCCGAUCGACACUUUGUCGUUCGGCUUUCAAGUUACGCCACACGACGCGCCCGACCAGGUGCCUUUGGAGGCGGUGCCAGAGGAUGGCAUCCUCAUAGACGGGUUGUGGAUUGAUGGAGCGCGAUGGGACCGCUCCGCAGCCUGGCUGGACGAGAGCGAGCCGGGCGUCAUGUACGCGCCGCUGCCAGUCAUACACUUCAAGCCUAUGCAGGACUACGAACCUCCGUCGUCCGAGUACCAAUGCCCGCUUUAUAAGACCAGCGUGCGCGCGGGGGUGCUAAGCACAACGGGCCAAUCAACCAACUUCGUGUUAUGUGUGAGCCUUCCCAUGCGGGACGGCACUAGCAGCGAUUUUUGGAUUCUGCAGGGCGUCGCUCUGUUGUGCAUGCUUGAUGACUGAGGCUUCGUGGUGCUGGCAAUGGUUAGCUGUUCCAAUCCGCUAGUCGAGGGGGUUCUGGCGGGCGGGGGACUGCCUGUCUAUGCCCUUCUCUCCGUUCAUGGCAACGGGACUGGUGUUACUGGACGUCGUGUGUGGAGAAGAGGAGUAUCGACACGUAAGGGGACUAGAAGAGAUGAUGAUGAAUGAACCAUGGCAUCUGCAUGAAUGGAGAUGCUGGCAUGAAUUAUGUCGCAAGAGGUAGAUAUUGUCGCGCGAUCGUGCAUGGGUAUGUUUGAUCGGAACCUGGUGACCACCCCGCACGGUGCCUAGGUAGCUAUCCUGCUACCUUAAAUUACAAGGUAGCAAUUAGGCGUAGCAAGGACGAGGCACUUUUGGUGCAUGUUGGUGUCCCACACCUGUCAUGAAGGUGCUAAGGCGACAGCCCAUUCUGACACUUAACGCUAACCAAGGACACUUUGGACUGCUUGGCUCUUGCAUGGCAAUCUUAGGACGGCGCGGCAUUGAAGAGGACGGAAAAGAAAUGUAAGCGGCUUAAGUU